AUGAAGCUCAUCAGACAUUGCAGGAGCUGCGAGCUAACUCCAAUCCUGGUUUCCCUUGUUAGCAAAGAUUCCUCUAUGUUAGAUGGGCUUGACAAUGCCAGUAUUGAAAUGGAAGAAGCCAAGGCUCGGCUGAAUGAAAUUAUUACUUCUAAUUUAAAGACCAUUCAUAGCGAUGAAUCGCCUGAAUUUUCUUGGAUGGUUGAUGGAGCUGGAUUGCCAUCCAAUGCAUCAGAGUUGCUUCCAAAGUUGAUCAUGUUAUCUUUCGCCUGUCGGAAACCUGUUUGUUUGCUGUUGUCUGAGUUUACUAAUCAACACAUGCUGAUCUUAUGUCAAUAUUUAGAUUGA